CGAGAGUAAUCAACUACCGCUUGUGAUUGAUCUUUUACUUCGGUCUUUUUUACUGUUAAGCUAGCAAGUUUAUAGUUGGCCGAUGGUCGCUUCUUAUCUUCCCGUUUGCUAAUACAACUAUUCAGCUAUGAAUUUCGCUUUUGUCUUACGUUCAUCGGCCACGGGACUAGGUUGAACGGCGACUUUUGGAGAUCACCGUCAUAUUAUGUCCUGGGCAACAUCGUAAGACUAACAGGUGAACAGGUUUAGCUACCGUUAGCCAUGGCCCUGUCCUGGUUGACACGGAUCACCUGCUGAUGAUCCGUGUGUCAUCCCUGUGAUAUUCCUGCCCGGUGGACCAUCUUAAACAUCACAGCAUGGAUGAGGAGUCUGUAGACCAAGUGUCCAACCUGUCUCCUCUUCGCCACAACGCUGGAGCUGACUGUAACCAUGGUGACCAGAGCUCACUGUUGAGCCAGCGGGAGAUGGUGUUGGAAAACCACGAUCAUCUCCAUCACCGUGAAACACUGGCCUCAAAGGCUUCAGCGGAAGAGAGAGGAGUGUGGUGCAAGUCUGAUGUCCCUGUAGUACAACAGAACAACCUCGACAACACAACAUCAUCCACUAAGAAGUCUUUCUCCUGCUCUGUGUGUGGACGACUCUUCACUACAAAACAGUCCCGGGUCCGACACAUGAAGACCCACACGGGAGAGAAGCCGUUCCACUGCACCGUGUGCGGGAAGAGCUUCUCUCAGCAGUCGUCCUUUAGGAUACACCAGAAGAGCCACACGGGGGAGAAGUCCUACCGCUGCCUUGCACCUGACUGUGGAAAGAGCUUCUACCAAUCAGGAGCCUUGUUGAGACACGGAAGGGGUCACGCUGAGGGAUCGACUAGACUAAGAGCUGCUGAAGAUGUGCUGCCACACCAACAGGAGCUGCUUGUCCAACAGGACGAUACUAGUAACAAGAAUUCUAAACUUCAGGCUGUAGUGGAUGUGCUGCCAGAGCAAGAGGAUGUCCGUCUGACCCAAGGAUACAGUCCUGCCCCUCCUCCCAGCUCCGUCCCCUCUACACCGGGAGGACUACCUGUCCAACACCAGCAGAACCACAACAACACUUCCAACACCUGUCAGAAGUGCGGAGAGCAGUUCUCUACCUUCUACAAGCUGCGUGUCCACCUGAUCACCCACAGGGGAGAGAAGCCCUUCUCCUGUCCAGACUGUGGUCAACGCUUCUCAGCCCGGGGCUACAUGGAGUCACACCAGAGGGUACACAUCAAGGAGAGAUCACACCCCUGCCCCGACUGUGGUAAAAGGUUCCUCUCACUGGGAGACCUGAAGAGACACCAGCAGAGCUUCUCCGAGGAGAGACCGUACAGCUGCUCCGAGUGCAGGAAGAGUUUCACCCAGCCGGGGUUCCUAAGGGCACACCAGAGGACACACACCGGGGUAAAAGGUUACCGCUGCCCCUACUGUCACAAGGACUUCUUCACUGCCUCCAGUCUGAGGAGACACAGGAAGCAGGCGCAUGCGGAAGAGACCGUCACGCUGCCCCCUAGUGGUGGACUCCAGCUGUCACAUGCUGGAGAGAGCCUGGGUCAAGCUGAAGCUGGUGUACCAGGACUGAAGGUCAUAGUGAAGGAGGAGGAGGAUCCUGCUUUUGGAGACAGUUCUAACAACCAUCACUCUGAGACUACUGAGGAGAGUCUCCCUGCAGCCGUAGAGCAUAAACAACAACAACAACAACAACAACAUAAACAGCAUCACAGCUGUCACAGAAGAGUCCACUCCUGCCUUGUGUGUGGAAAGGAGUUUCCCAUUGCAUACAAGCUACAAGUCCAUAUGAGAAUCCACACUGGAGAGAAGCCUUACUCCUGCUCUGUGUGUGGGAAGAGCUUCGCCCAGAAGGGGAGCCUGACGCUCCACCAGAUCGUCCACACCGGAGAGAAACCUUACUCCUGCCCCGACUGUGGGAACACCUUCUCCCAGAUGAUCAGCCUGAAGAGACACCAACUGCUGCACACAGGAGAGAGACCGUACAGCUGCUCCGAGUGUGGGAGAAGCUACACCCAGCAGAGAAACCUGAGGGCCCACCAGCUGAAGCACACCGCAGAGAGACUUCACCGCUGCUCUGUGUGUGGGAAGAGCUUCUUCACACCCUCAGGACUCAGGGAUCACCAGAGGUCUCACACAGGAGAGAAACCAUUCCCUUGCUCUGUGUGUGGGAAGAGCUUCUCACGGCCUGGUCCCCUGAGAGAACACCAGCAGACUCACACAGGAGAUGGUGGACAGGUGGAGCGAGACCGCGGCAAGGACCCUGGUGACCGAUCGAGACCCAAACCCAAAGAGUCCCUGGGUGAAACUCUGGGACUGAAAAUUAUAGUUGAAGAACUGAAGAAAGAAGAGGAGGGGAAGGAGGCGAGAGGAGAAGAGGAUGAGGAAGUUGGUGGUUUGAUCAAUUCCGACGGAGAGGAAGUUGGUCACGUUUCUCUUUCUAGAAAAAGCCCUGUCCCAGGCUUUGUUAGCGGUGAGAUUCCCUCUACAUCAACAGAACCUGAACAACACCAAAAAAUCCAGGAGAAACGAUACAGAACCAAGAAGCAUCACCUCUGCUCGGUGUGUGGAAAGGAGUUCCCUAAACCAUCGAAGCUAGUUGCACAUCUCCGCACACACAGUGGAGAGAAACCCUUCCGCUGCUCCGUGUGCGGUAGAGGUUUCUCCACGGGGGGUAUCACCCUACAGAGACACCUUCUGACGCACACAGGGGAGAAACCUUACCACUGCUCUGUCUGUGGGAAGAGGUUCAUCCAGCGAGGGAAUCUGUUAAAACACCAGAAGGUACACACUGGAGAGAAACCUUACUCCUGCUCCGUGUGUGGCCGGAGUUUCCCUCGAUUUGAGCGUCUGAAGGACCACCAGCGGACACAUACGGGAGAGAAACCUCAAUCUUGCGAUGUCUGUGGGAUGAGGUUCUCCUACGCAUCCUCCCUCAAGGUCCAUCGCAGGAUGCACACCGGGGAGAGACCUUACCAGUGCUCUGUCUGUGGGGAGAGCUUCAACUCAACAGCAAACCUGAGGAAACACAGACAGUCCCACACUGGAGAUAAAGGGUCUGCUAACAUGAAGAGGGGUCGGCUCCUGAGGUCGUCCCACACUGGAGAGGGGUGUGCUGCUGUUACUGGAGGAUUUCAGACUGCUGGAGGUGAUGCUCUGGGAACCGUGGACAAAGAUAAAAGCUCUCUGGGUCCUGACCAAGGCCAUGGUGAUGGCUGCAGUCAAACAUCUACCAUAUAUAUCGAUAGUAAAGAAGAAGAAGAGGAGGAGGAGGAAGUUGGUGGUUUGAUAAAUUCCGAAGGAGAAGAAGUUAAUUGGGAUUACCUCAGUCCUGGAUCUUCAGCAUUGCAGGGACCGAAGUCAGUUUCUGAAAAGUUUGAGAACCAAGUUGAAGAUGAUGAUGAUGAUGUGGAAGAAGAGGAAAUUGGUGGUCUAAUCAAUUCAGACGGAGAAGAAAUCGUUUGGGAUCGUCAUCGUAUCAGACAGCGUGUCAGCCGUCCUUCUGACAGCGAGGAGAGUCCCUCCGCAUCAGGAGAACCUGAACAACACCAGGAGGAUCACAACAACACCAGGAGGAUCACAACAACACCAGGAGAACCUGAACGACACCAGGAGGAUCACAACAACACCAAGUCUCACCACUGCUUUAGAUGUGGGAAAGACUUCGCCAACAUCUCUAACCUGCGGCGACACCAGAAGAGACACUCAGGAGAGAGUUCCGAACACAGAUCUGACAGCGAAGCCAGGAAGUCCCACUGCUGCCCAGAAUGUGGAAGAGACUGUAAGAAGCUAUCAGCUCUACAAAAACACAUGAAGAUCCACACAGGAGAGAAGCCGUACCCUUGCUCCGUGUGUGGGAAACAGUUCCGUGAAAGAACAGCCCUCCGCGACCACCAGAAAGUGCACACGAGAGAAAAACCUUACCCUUGCCCCGACUGUGGGAAGAGGUUUGCUCACUCAGGAGCUAUGAAGAGACACCUGCUGACGCACACCGGAGAAAAACCUUACUCCUGCUCUGUGUGUGGGAGGAGCUACACCCAGAUAGGGCGACUGAGAGAACACGAGCGAACACACAGCGAUGAGAAACACGACUGUUCCGUCUGUUGGAGGAGCUUCGCCAAAGCUAAGGCCCUCGUCGCUCACUUCAGGACCCACACUGGAGAGAGACCCUACAGCUGUGAGGAGUGCGGGAAGAGCUACGUACGAACCCAGAACCUCCGAGCCCAUCAGAGGAAAAGUCACAGCAGCUCACUACCAAACCCUGGGACUGAGACCGGGGAAACCCUGGUUGCAGGGGUGAAGAGUGAAGAGGAUUCUAUUAGUAUCAGUGAUGAAGAGGAAAAGGAGUUGAUGCUAGCAGGGUGGAGGAAAACGAGGACUAGCCUUUCACAUUAGGAUAGAUUCCUCUUUGUGCUGACCAUCUCUAGACACCGAAUGAAUAGAAUGGACCAGAGCAAGGACUAGCCAACCACAUAGGAUUUUCUGCAUCCAAAAUGGUACCCUAUUCCCUAAAUACCAGGUCCUGGUCAAAACUAGUGCACUAUAUAUAGGGAAUAGGGUGUCAUUUAAGAUGUAGAUAGAAUCUGUGGUGAUGAUCUGUAGACAAAGAACCAAUAGAAUGGACUGUAGUUCUAAUUUCCACCAGCGGAGGGUGAGCAAAGUCUGACAAAAAUUAUUAGUGUUGAGAAAUUGAGUUUUAUCUAAAACAUACUUUUAGUCAUGUAGUGUAUGUGGACACCUGCUCAUCUAACAUCUCAUUCCAAAAUCAUUGGCAUUAAUAUGGAGUCGGUCCCGACUUUGCUGCUAUAUCAGCCUCUACCUCUUCUGGGAAGGCUUUCCACUAGAUGUUGGAACAUUGCUGCGGGGACUUGCUUCCAUUCAGCCACAAGAGCAUUAGUGAGGUCAGGUACUGAUGUUGGGCGAUUAGGCCUGUCUCGCAAUCUGCGUUCCAAUUCAUCCCAAAGGUGUUCGAUGGGGUUGAGGUCAGGGCUCUGUGCAGGCCAGUCAAGCUCUUCCACACUGAUCUGAACAAACCAUUUCUGUAUGGACCUACCUUUGUGCACGGGGGCAUUGUCAUGCUGAAACAGGAAAAGGCCUUCCCCAAACUGUUGUCACAAAAUCGGAAGCACAGAAUCAUCUAGAAUGUCAUUGUAUGCUGUAGCGUUAAUAUUGGUAGCGAACUUUACACCACUCUGCCCGACGCUUGGUAUUGCGCAUGGUGAUCUUAGGCUUGUGUGCGGCUGCUCGGCCAUGGAAACCCAUUUCGUGAAGCUCCGGACUAACAUUUAUUGUGCUGAUGUUGCUUCCAGAGGUGAUUUGGAACUCGGUAGUGAGUAUUGCAACCGAGGACAGGUGAUUUUUUACACACUUCAGCACUCUGCGGUCCUGUUCUGUGAGCUUGUGUGGCCUACCACUUUGUGGCUGAGCCGUCUUUGCUCCAAGAAGUUUCCACUCCACAAUAACAGCACGUACAGUUAGUUGAAAUGUGGCAUCCUAUUACGAUGCCACAUUGAAAGUCACUGAGCUCAUCAGUAAGGCCAUUUUACUAGUUUGUCUAUGGAGAUUGCAUGGCUCGAUUUUAAACGGAUGUGACUUAAAUAGCCGGAUCCACUAAUUUGAAGGGGUGUCCACAUACUUUUGUAUAUAUAGUGUAUAGAAGGGUUGUCUUUUAUUUUUUUUAAACUGCAUUGUUGGUUAGGGGCUCGUAAAUAAGCAGUUCACUGUAAAGUCUACAUCUGUUGUAGUCAGCGAAUGUGACUAAUACAAUUUGAUAGUCACGAAAAUUAUGUAUGCAAGUCGAUGUGGCAGAAGGCCAUGAGUUGUUAUGAUUCUGAACGUCAUAUAGCAAAGCAACAAUGACAAGAAGCUGCCAUAGUGCCAUCUUGUUCUCGAUACCAUGUCUUGUUUUGACUGAUGUCUCAUCUACGCUAAUGUGGCUAAAAUUCACUAGCUAGCUAACCAACAACUCUAACGAUGUAUUGAGCGACUUGAACAAGUGCUCAUUGUGCAAAUGUAUUGGUUUUCAAAAAAUAUUUGAAGAAUAAAAAUAUAGUUUACAUAUUGUCAACAA